GCCCACAUCGCUUAGCUCCAAUCACUCAUUAACAACUCAUCCCAAGUCUCACUCAUUGCCUCCAUAGUCUUUUCCAGCUUGUCAACAUAACACACAAAAUGUUUAUCAGAUCGCGUCUUGCCUUUUUACACCUACUGGUACUGGUAGUCUCUCAAAUUCUGUCAGCUUCGCCGCCUUAUGAUGUCGGUAAGAUGCAACCGAACAUCGGCGCUGGCACGGCGGGUUCUCAAGGCAUGUCUGCUCCAGGGGCUACCGGUCAAAGCGGCGCUUCCGGUACCUCGCCCGACUCUCAAGGGGCUGGUGGAGCUGCUAGCGGCGGCUCUCCUGCGCCUGGCGGUGCCCCGUCUUCAGGCUCUGGGGAUUCCGCCGGUGCUGGAGGAGGCGCGUCUGCUGCUGGCGCCUCUGGCCAACCCGACGCUUCCGGUGCUUCGUCUGGCUCUGGCGGCGCAGCUGCGACUGGGGAUUCUUCGUCUGCGGCCGGCGCCGCGUCAACCUCUGGGGAUUCAGCAGGUGCUGGAGGCAUGAGUGCUUCGGGGGCUUCAGGCCAAGGCGACGCUUCGGGCGCUUCUUCCAAGCCUGGCGGCGCAGCUGGUACCGGGGAUGCUUCUUCUGCCGCCGGCGCCUCGUCAACCUCUGGAGAUUCCACUGGUGGUGCUUCCCCUGCAGCUUCUACUGGCGGCAAUUCCUCUGGUACUGCCGCCGACGCCUCAUCAACUUCGGCGGACUCGGCUGCCUCCGGAGGCUCAACUGGCUCAGGGGGCUCAACCGGGGGCCCAUACGACGGAAGAACUUAUCAAGGCCGAGCCACUACCUACGAUGCCAAAUGGUCUAGUGGAAACUGUCUUCUUUCUAGGUGGCCACAACCCAAAGGAUUAGGACCGGUCGCGAUCGCCGAAAGUCUAUGGGACUCUGCCCGUAUGUGCGGUGCCUGCCUUUCGAUUACCAGUUCCUUUGGGACCCACUUAGGUAUCGUUACCGACCAAUCCGACGUCAAGGGCAACAGUAUCGAUAUGGGCCCGGACGUAUGGUCUCAAGUCAGCAACCAUCAAAAAUCAUCGGCUCUUCCGAUCACUUGGCACUUAGUCCCUUGCAAUUUCACCACUCCAAUCGAGUUUUACAAUAAGAAUGGCGCCAGUCAAUAUUACACCGCGAUCCAAGUCGCCGGUUCGAACAAGCCGAUCAAAUCUUUGGAAGCUAGUUCCGCUGGUUACGGCUCAGCUUCUGGUGGCGGAGGUGGAGGUUCCAGCGGCGGCUGGGUCAAAUUAGUCCGGGCGUCCAACUCCAACCACUUCGGGCCACCGGGUGGUAAGGGAGGAUUAGGCACCAAAGCUGACCUCAGAAUCACUUGCGAUAACGGCAAACAGUUCAUCACUAAAGGUGUCAGUUUGGUCGAUUCAACUAAACCGACCCCGGCUUCCGGAAACUGUUAAUCAUGCACCCAACCAUGUCUUGAGUUGACUGGAUUGCAUCAUCGUUCUAAAGAUCCGUUAGCUUUCCUCCUGCUACAAGAGCGCUAUGAUCACUUUCAUGCGAUUUUCUUUUCCUAUACUACAUUUUCCAAGAAGAAAUCUCAGAUAUAUUUGUAAUAUAUCGUUUCUUGUUACACCGUUUCUUGAUUUCUUGCUAGCUAAACUGAGCACCAACUCUGUGGUCUAGCUGAAAGAAGAAA